AUGGCUUCUAGCCAGAGCUCCUCUUCUGGUUCCAGCACUCUCACUCGUUGUCACGUAUGUUCCAAACAUUUUCGUUUGCGUCCCGAUGGCGCAUUGGUUAGGCAUGGAGGAAAGGUUAAAGGUUCAGAAUGUUCCGGUUCCCUGGCGAAGCCCAGGACCGGGUCAAAACGCGCGUCAUUGGGAAACGUUUCUGGUUGCGCCCCUGUCGCCAAUGCCGUCGGCAAAGUCUCGAUCAGCAGUGCUGCACCGCAACAGGUUUCUAAAAUCGACAUGGCAGAGAAGUUUUUCAGAAAAUCUGCUAGUUUUUGUUUAAUGGAUCACAUUCCCAAACAUUCAAGAACAAAAUUUGGUCAGACGCUGGCUAAAGUGGUAAAGGAAAUUAUUGAUAAACCCUCUAUUUCAAUCAGUUGGUUCAAAUUGCUCUUUUUACCAGCAAUGAUCUUGAGGAAAAGUCACCGCGGCGGCAGACGUCAUAAUCCAACUGGACUAAUCAAUCAGGGGAUUGACUAUUUUAGCGGACAAUCCGUCGAGAAGAUGGCUGACUGCUUAGAAUUCGUUAAUAAAUUAGAAAAUAAGAAAUCAGCCGAAUCUAAGUUGAUAUCUUUGGUAAAGUCUAAGAUCGAAAAAGAAAACAUAAAAAAUACAAUGCAGCUUCUGUCAUCAACGGACACCGUGGCACCUGAUACUGAAGAGACUAUACGUUCUCUAAAGUCUAAACAUCCCACCGCACCCAACAACAAACAGCAAAGUUCCUCCAAGGAAAGUUCAAGCUUGUGCGUUACAUCUCAACAAGUACUGGUUUGUUUAAAAACUUUCCCAAAGGGAACAUCAGGUGGCAGUGACGGCCUUACGCCGAAGCAUCUGAAAGACCUCACAUCUUCAAAAACAGAUUCGAUUGAUCUCAUCAACUCAAUCACUGUAUUUAUCAACAUGAUCUUAAAUGGUGAUUGUCCACCUGAUGUGGCCCCAUACUUUUUUGGCGGAAGGCUGGGGACGCUGCCUAUAUGUGUUGGUGGCCUGGGUUUGGGUUUCGCGGCUGAGCUGGCACCUUCUGCCUUUUUGGCUUCUGCUGCUGCCACGGUGGCCCUCCAGGAUCUGAUGUUGCCGAGGGAUGGGAUUUAUGUUGAUAACUUCAGAAUGCAAGUGUACGACAUGUGGCGCGCCACCAACGGAGAUGUGGUUGCGCUCGAAAACCCCUCGCAAAAACACUGGAUCGCCCCCUGUCUUAAUAGAUCAGUUGAUCGAUGGCUGCAACUGAAUGGCUCUACUUUUGACAAGGCUAGAAUUAUGGCUGUCAAAAGUGAGUUGGGCUCCGCCUGGUUGAGAGCGCUACCCAACACCUUCUGCGGCACUAGAUUGGAUGACUCCUGUGUUCGCGUGAGCCUUGGUUUGAGACUCGGAGCCCAGAUCGUCACCGAAUACGAAUGCGCAUGUGGGGCAAGGGUUAAUGAACUUGGAUACCAUAGCCUUUCUUGUAGUCUAGGUCCUGGAAGACAAGCCAGUCAUACGGCUGUCAACGAAUACCUGGUAAGAUGUUUUCAAAAGGCUGGUAUCCCGGUUAUAAAAGAACCCAUGGGUUUGAUAGAGGAAGGAGCCUUUAGGCCUGAUGGUUACACUAUCACCCCAUGGGCUCAGGGACGGUCCCUGGCUUGGGACGUUACUUUACCCCACACUAUGGCUGACCGAUAUAUCGGCUACACUUCAGUGGAGGUGGGCACUGCUGCCCUUAAAGCGUCCGAUUUCAAAAAUGAAAAAUACGUUUCAUUGAACAAUUUAAGCAAAAUAUUUCAACCCAUUUGCAUUGAAACGUUCGGACCAACAGAUAAGCACACAUCAUUAUUUAUUAACGAAUUAACAAGAAAAAUAGUUAAUAUAACGGGUGAUCCUAACGAAGGCAAUUAUUUAAAACAAACUCUUUCACUUUUAUUACAAAAAUUUAAUUCCUUUUGCAUUCUGGAUGGAGCUGCUAGAUACCUGACUGUGCGAGACCAGGGACAUAAUAAAAGUUGA